CAAUCUGGUUGGGAAUGUAGCAAAUGGACAUUGUAAAAUUGACAAUAUAAAAUGAAGGUUUUCUUCAUUUUCUUACUUUUGCAUGUCAAAAACUUACAGGCGCUACGUAACAACGUAGCCACCAAGAAUAUCACGCAAUGUGGAUCCAUGACAUGUUUGCAUUAUGCAAUGUGUACAGACGAUGGAAUGGCUUGCCAGUGCCACCGGGGAUAUAAAGGAGAUAGCUGUCAAGACGAUUUAAACGAAUGUGACAUGGGAGACCCUUGCUACCAUCGAGGAAAAUGUGAAAAUACAUUUGGAAAGUGGCGGUGCAACUGUUUGCAAGGCUGGAAAAAUGGUGGAGGCGAACACUGCGAGAUUAAAAUUAACCCGAAAUGGAAAUGCACACAGGGAUGGAUGGGGGACAAGUGCCAAGACCAAUGUCUCAAUGAUUCCAUGUGUGGACAGAACCAGUUAUGCAAAAAGCGAGGAAGAGGAUUGCGAUGUUUAUGUAAAAAUGGAUGGGAGGGGGAUAAGUGUACCGCCGACGUAGACGAAUGCAAGAAAACCCCAUGCAAAAGUUUUGAAACGUGCAUAAACACAAUUGGCUCUUUCGCAUGCACGUGUCCUGCCGGGUGGCAAGGUUCUAGCUGCGCUAAUGAUGUAAAUGAAUGUUCACGAAACCCAUGUAAUAAUUCUGGAACAUGCACAAAUACAGGCGGUUCCUACUUUUGUAACUGCACUGAUGGAUGGAAGGGUAUCAGUUGUGACGAAGAUGUGGAUGAAUGUGCUUAUCAGCCUUGCAAUGAUACCUUGGUUUGUCACAAUUCACAUGGUUCCUUUUCUUGUGAAGUACCACCUGCUCUCGAUAAAGUUGACUUGGGAGGACUGAACACUGGUGUUAUUCUUGUUGCCAGCCUGGGCGGACUAUUGCUUCUGGUGUUCGGUAUUUUCAUUCUGAUUAUGGUAAAAAAUAAAUGUAAAAAGAAUCGUGAAAAACGUAUAGGGAAAGCAGUUGUCCUACCAGAAAAGCAAGCAUUUCCUGCACGAGGUUUCGCUGCGCCUCAAACUAUACGUCAGGGAUUUGUGUACCAACAAGACAAGCAGACCGUGAAGCAACAAGGUCUUGAGUUUUGACUGUUGACUGUUGUGGGCUAGAUAAAGGUUUUCAUUCUACAGAAAAAAGAAGUGCUUUGACUAAAGAUAUAAAAGGGAUUUUAUGUUGCUUUUGUGUGUUUUGUGCUUACUGCGUUUUAGUAAGAAGCUACUUUUUCAAUAUGUUCAAAUGAGUGUUUGCUUAUGAGACAAAUAUUGAAGUUGUUAA